AUGAGUGGAAUACGUUUGUUGGACCUAAUCAAGCCAUUUGCGUCGAUCUUUCUUGAGGUCGAGCUUCCAUAUGAGAAGAGCAUUUUCGACGAGAAACUCGUCUACACCGUCGCUGCUGCUAUCAUUUACCUUUUGCUUGGCCUCCCUAUUAACGGUGUUAAUGAUGAGAAUGUUGUCGAUGCCUUUGGAUGGUUGAGAAACUGUUUUGCGUCCACUCCUGGUACUUUGUUAGAAUUCGGUGUCCUCCCAGUGGCCUUUUCUGCCUUUCUCUGGCAGAUUGCGGCCGGCGAUAAGUUGCUCGACGUUGAUUUCACGUCCUCGUCGGAUAGAAAGUUGUUUCAAUCUUUACAGAAACUCACCUCUAUUCUUUUGGGUUUCGUCUUUGCUGUUUUACUUGUCUUUGCAGGCUAUUUUCAGCCCAUUGACUACUUUACUUCGGCUGCUGAGAAUGGUGAAUUGCUUGUCGAACCUAGUCUUUUUUCCAAAUUGUUGAUUGUUGUUGAAUUAACUGUUAGUAAUACCAUUAUUACCCUUAUGGCUGAGUUAUUAGAUAAGCACUACGGAUUCGGCUCUGGCAUCAUUGACUUUAUUGUUAUUUCCUCUGCCACUACUUUCACCACUUCCUUCAUUGGUUUGACUACUCAAGUCACUUCUCGUGGUUUUGAAUCCACUGGUGCCUUGGUUCAAUUCGUUAAGAACAUGUUUUCCUCUAAAUCUUAUGCUUAUGGCAUCGUUGAGGCCUUCACCAGACAAAAUUUGACCAACUUGACUCAAAUUUAUGCUGCCAUCUUCGCCGUCUGCUUGAUUGUCUACUUAUCCAAUUGUAGAUACGAGAUUUCAAUUAAAUCAUCCAAGGUCAGAAGCAUGGCUUCUAUUUAUCCAAUCAAAUUGCUCUAUUGUGGUGCCGUUCCAUUGAUCUUCACCUAUUCUGUUCUAUACUUCUGCAACAUCAUUGGCUUCUCUCUCACCAGAAUCUUCUCUAGCAACAAGUACUUGGCAUUGAUUGGCACCUGGGAACUUGAACCUGAAUUCAAAAAGACUUACAACUUGACUGGUGGCCUCUUAUACUUGAUUUCCGCUUCUCCUUCUUGUUCUUCCACCAAUCCUCUCCUUUCUUUGGUCAGACCUUUCACAUAUACUGCAUUUGUCGUCGUUGUAUCAACUCUUUUCGGUAAAGCUUGGCCUCAUAUGUCCGGUUCUUCUGCCAAAGACGUUGCCAAACAGUUCAAAGAGCAGGAUAUUACUAUGGUUGGUCGCAGAGAUGUCUUAAUGUCUAAGGAAAUAGGCAAGAUUAUUGUUCCUGCAUCUUCUGCAGGCUCGUUUGCCACUGCAUUAGCAGCGGCUAUCUGUGAGUGCUGUGGAGGAAGCAAAGGCCUUUCAUAUGGUACAGUCACUGGUGUUCUAGGAUCUCUUUCCGUCUUGGAAGAGAUUGUUUCCGAAUGGCAGCAAACUGGAGCCGCAGGUAGUUCUCAAUUAUCUCAAUUUAUACCUACCCAGUAG